CUUCAAUCACAGCCCUCACACUCGGGGAAGUGAAGCCCCCGGAGGGAGACUCGUCUCCAGAGCUGACAGGAGGUCUCACCAGUCCAGAUUAAUCCCAGGCGAGGGAGAAGGGAGGGGGAUCUGAACUCGGACCAUUUAAAACCAGACCCAAAUCGCGGUGUGGUCCAGCAGUACAGGCGUCCUGACUCCGAGGGAAGAUGAAGGACCCUGGCUCCCGGGCAGCGUGCACUCUCAUCCUCCUAAUGACAGCCUCCGUCAUCCCUCACUCAUGGAGCCUCCCUCAGAAUCAUUUCCAGAGAAGGAAUUGGACCCCUCAGGCCAUGCUGUACCUAAAGGGGGCACAGGGACGACGCUUCAUCUCCGAUGAGAGCCAGAGAAAGGAUCUCUAUGACCGACUACAGCUGGAGACCCGUAGUCGGAACUCCAGUCCCAUCACCAUAUCAGAAGCAGCCGCCAUGUUCCUCGGCUCUCUGCAGAAAGCUCAGGAAGAAGCGGAAGACGGCGCCAUGGACCAAGCGGAGUACUUACCGGAGUCUCUGUUCAGUUGGUGAGAUGGCGCGGAGGGAAAUCGCCAUCACUGGCCGCUGACACGUCAAUCGCUUUAUGUCAGACUUUAUGGCGCCCUUACACGCCGGACGCAGCGCUGUAACAUAAUAUUCCACUAGAAUGUUCCGGUCGCUCAGCUUUCCUGUUUAUUUCAUUUACAGACCAUUAAAAUCUACAGCAACAGAGUCAUGAGGACAAUAUAAAAGCUGCUGAGUGUAUUUUAUAUCCGCAGAGCUGAGUAAAAUAAAGUGACUGACG